CUCGUUCUAGCUCUCUUCUCCACCUGUUUGUCAUCACAAUCAGCGCUCGCGCUGCUUGGCGGUGACACCUGUUUCCACUCUGCUCUAAUUAUUGGCUCUAUUUCCAGUGGCUGUGCAUGCGGCUCUCUGUCGGAUUAUUGUGUGUGUCAUGCUUAUGCUCUUGUUUCGCCCUUCAUGUCAGGAUACCGUCAGGAGUCUUACCAUGUCUUGUCUUGCUGUGUUCAUCUAAGUUUUCUCGGUGUCCUGUUGCUGCUUCCAGUGAGCCCAGCCCUACGAGCUCUCUCCAAGUCGGGAGUCCUCUGAGCCUGACCUUCUUCAGUUGUGUUUUGUUCUCAUCCAGUUCUGUGUCAUUGUACGACAGACUGCCUUGUUUUGCGUUUUCAUUAAGGACUGUUUUUGACUGACUGCCUUUGCACGUGGAUCCUUUAUAUCAUCCGUGACACACCUCAGCACCAGAGAUGAUUUAUUUAAUUCCAAGAUGUGUAUAUUCUAUAAUCUAUCAAAAUUACUUCCUCUGUUCUACGUGAGCAUUGUGCUUUGUGUGGCAGCAUGUAAUAAUGCAGAAUAUGAAGUUAAUGGCGAGUGUUGCCCGAUGUGUGAUCCAGGAAAGCGAGUUUAUAGACAUUGUGAUGAGUACACAAGCACAACAUGUGAUUCAUGCCCCGUGAUGACCUUCACUAGCGCUCCUAAUGGAUUUACUGAAUGUCUGCACUGUUCUGUCUGUGAUCCAAGUAAUGGGCUGAGAGUAAAGCAUGUGUGUACAUUAAUAUCAGAUACAGUGUGUGAACCUCUGCCAGGUUAUUACUGUAUAGACUUGCUCUCCAACUGUAAAAAGGCCAUGAAACAUUCAUCCUGCUCACCUGGACAAUACAUCAACCAAAACGGAACAGAAUUCAGAGAUACAGUGUGUGAUGACUGUCCUGCUGAUUCAUAUUCAGAUGGCACAUUCUGCAAAUUGCAUACAAACUGUGAAUCUCUUGGCAAAUUAACAAUCAAGGAAGGAACCGAUACGACUGAUGCUGAGUGCAGUAAUAGAGCACGUUCGUAUUUACUGCCAUUGAUUCUGUGUGGAGUGUGGUCGCUGUUGUUUGCUGUCAUCAUUGUAAUUAUUGUAAAGAAAAGGGAAAAAAGCAAAAUAGUGGAUUAAAUUGAGU